ACCUUAAAUUCCAAAACAUCAACACUAACCUUUCACCUAAUUCUUUCUUUUACGUUUAUCAACUCUCUUUUGUCUCUAGUUGCAUCAUCUUUUCACAUAUUACCACUAUAGUUUUAUAUAAUUUUCUUGUGAACUUUUCCAACAUGUCGCUAGACGGAUCGGGACUAGGAGGGAUGGCUAUGGCGGAGGCUUACACGGCGAGGAAGUUCCACAGAGAGAACAUGAAGAGUAUUACCACAAACGCGGUUACAACCGCCGGUGGAAUCGAAGAGAACGGUGGAGGUUCCGGCCGGUGGUUCUUUGGGAAGCUGAGCACCAAGAAAAACUCUGCUAAAGUUUGUGAUCUUAUGAUUACUGAAUAAUAUAUAUAUCAAUCAAUUUAAAUAAGGAAUAAAAAGUUCGAAUUUUCCGUUUGUUA